AUGCCGGAAAACGUUGAAGCCAACGGGGCAGAGGUCUCAGAUGUCAUGUCUGAGAAUGAAAACGAGUACGACGACACAGAUCAUCCCAUAAAAGACGACGAAGACGAGACCAUGGCUGAGCAGCACACGCCUCCCGAGCCAGGCGCUGACGGGUCUGGUGAGGUGAAAAAGAAGUACGACCCAAAAGAUCCGCAUCGUCCGAGACGUAAGAAGGCUAGGCGCGCCUGUUACGCCUGCCAGAGAGCUCAUCUCACUUGUGGAGAUGAACGGCCCUGCCAGCGGUGUAUCAAGCGUGGACUUGCCGAUGCUUGCCAGGAUGGAGUACGCAAAAAGGCCAAAUACUUACAUGAUGCGCCCCCUGAGGCGUUGAGACCGGUGCUCGGCCCGACUUUCAACCCCAGUAUGACCACAAAGUCUACCAAUGGAAGACAUGCCUCGAAUGCGACCUCGGAAUCUUCGACUUAUUAUCCCCAAGCGACUAGCUCCCAGACUUACCCCAUCUUCUCCUCGGCCCAGCCGCAGGUGACUAUGCCUGAAGGCGUACCAUUUGCCGCUCAACCCUCGCCUGUCUCGCCAUCGUUCCAACAGCCGGGCAGCCAGAGACCGCAACAGAUGGCAAACAUGCAAAUACCUACUCCCUCAAGUGAGAUCAGCAAUUAUCCUACGGCAUUGUUUGACCCUAGCAACCCGGCAAUCUUCAACUUCGAUUUGGAGGGCCUCAAUUUUGGCAGCCAUUAUGGUGCUAUGGAGUUUGGAAUGCUGGGUCACAUGUCUUCAGGGGCAGCCGAGACCCCACCCAGGGACCCGUCUAUAUCACAGCAAGGCGGUACUGAUGUGAACUACGGCGGAGGUCCGAUGUAUCCGAACGGCAUAAAUCCAUUUGGUCAGAUAUAUGACAAUGGUAUGAUCGAGAACUACAUGAAUCCCGACCAAGGGAAUAACGUGUUCUCACAAGGAAACCUUCAGCAUGGACUGCCGCAUGCCUACGCAAUUGCGGCAGCAGGGCCUACCCCAAGCAGUCUGGCCAGCCCGGGGACUGACAACACAGCCAGCCCACAGCCUACCACCUUUGGGUAUGAGGGUUCUCCAACCACUACCAACUACACCCCGAGCAACACGCAACAGAUGGUUGCACCGCCGAGGACGAAGAGCAAACCUGCCUCUAAUGCGAAUAUCGCUGCCAACGCCAAGAUGUUCGGGCCACAGUCGAUACUGGGCAAGCGGCAACGAGACCCAUCGGCAAUCUACGAAACGGUCAAAGAGCCUUACCAGUACUUGACAGGCUUCCAUAACCUGAUUGCGUUUGUCAAGCGGCGCUUCUCGAGCACCAAAACAUUACGCAUCGCCAAGUCUCUCGCUAGCAUCCGUCCCUCGUUCAUUGCGUGUACACGGAAUCUCAACCGGCAGGAUCUUGUCUUUAUGGAGAAAUGCCUGCAACGUACUCUCUUCGAAUACGAAGACUUUAUGGGUCAUUGCUCGGCACCCACGAUCGUCUGCCGGCGGACAGGCGAGGUAGCUGCAGUUAACAAGGAGUUCAUCGCCCUGACGGGCUGGACGAAGGAUGUGCUGUUUGGGAAAGAGCCAAACCUGAAUGUAAACUCAGGUGACACAUCCGGUUCGGCCAGUGCGGUUAACUCUGAGAAGGGCGGGCUCACCACGCCGCAGUUGAAGGCCAUGGAGCCUGUGAAGUCAACAGACGGAAAGCCCCAACCGGUUUUCAUUGCAGAAUUGAUGGAUGAUGACAGCGUCAUUCAGUUUUACGAAGACUUUGCACAGCUGGCCUUUGGAGACAGCCGUGGUUCCGUUACCAGGAAGUGUCGUUUACUCAAAUACCGCACGAAGGAGACUGCGGAAGUCGAAGAGUCGCCACCACGGGCGCAGAAGGACCCACGGAGUAGCAUUCUGAGCAAUAGGGUCACGCGGAUUGACGGCGAGCACGGAAUCUCCAGGAUCGAGAAGGACGGCAAGAUGGACUGCACGUAUUGCUGGACCAUCAAGCGGGAUGUUUUCGAUAUCCCAAUGUUGAUUGUCAUGAACUUUCUCCCGUGCUAUUAUCGCAACCAGGACCAACUUGCCGUCUAG